GCAGUGCUAGGCAGCGCGGUUAUGUGUGUCCCUCCCAGUUAAGCAGGGUUUCAUCACCGUGAGUGGUCGUGAACCAAUGAAGCUGGAUUCCCUUCAAGAGACGGACAGCCCAGCGUGUGGACUGUAGAGCUCGGGGACAGAUUUAUUUGGGGUUCAUAGUGGCGUCAUGCCCGCAGCCUCCUGCCAGUCCCCCUAAGUCUUAGAGGACCGCUUUGCCUUUUGAAUCAGAGUUGCAAAGUUCGAUAAAGAAUGGCCCUUGUGGAUAAGCACAAAGUCAAGCGCCAGCGAUUGGACAGAAUUUGUGAAGGUAUCCGCCCCCAGAUCAUGAACGGCCCCCUGCACCCCCGGCCCCUGGUGGCACUGCUGGACGGCCGCGACUGCACCGUGGAGAUGCCCAUCCUGAAGGACCUGGCCACCGUGGCCUUCUGUGACGCGCAGUCCACGCAGGAGAUCCACGAGAAGGUGCUGAACGAAGCCGUGGGCGCCAUGAUGUACCACACCAUCACCCUCACCCGGGAGGACCUGGAGAAGUUCAAGGCGCUGAGGGUGAUCGUGCGGAUAGGGAGCGGCUACGACAACGUCGACAUCAAGGCGGCCGGCGAGCUGGGGAUUGCAGUGUGCAACAUCCCGUCAGCGGCCGUGGAGGAAACGGCCGACUCCACCCUCUGCCACAUCCUCAACCUGUACCGGAGGAACACGUGGCUGUACCAGGCGCUGCGGGAAGGCACGCGGGUGCAGAGCGUGGAGCAGAUCCGGGAGGUCGCCUCGGGAGCAGCCCGCAUCCGCGGGGAGACACUGGGCCUCAUCGGCUUUGGUCGCACGGGGCAGGCGGUCGCCGUUCGAGCCAAGGCCUUUGGCUUCAGCGUCAUCUUCUACGACCCCUACUUGCAGGACGGGAUCGAGCGGUCCCUGGGCGUGCAGAGGGUCUACACCCUGCAGGACCUGCUGUAUCAGAGCGACUGCGUGUCCCUGCACUGCAACCUCAACGAGCACAACCACCACCUCGUCAACGACUUCACCAUCAAGCAGAUGAGGCAGGGGGCCUUCCUGGUGAACGCGGCCCGCGGCGGGCUGGUGGACGAGAAGGCCUUGGCCCAGGCCCUCAAGGAAGGCAGGAUACGAGGAGCAGCCCUCGACGUGCAUGAGUCGGAGCCUUUCAGCUUUGCUCAGGGGCCCUUGAAAGACGCGCCGAAUCUCAUCUGCACGCCCCACACGGCCUGGUACAGUGAACAGGCCUCACUGGAGAUGCGGGAGGCCGCCGCCACGGAGAUCCGCCGUGCGAUCACAGGUCGCAUCCCCGAGAGCUUAAGGAACUGUGUGAACAAGGAACUCUUUGUUACAACAGCUCCUUGGUCAGUAAUAGACCAGCAAGCAAUUCACCCAGAGCUCAAUGGUGCCACUUACAGAUACCCGCCAGGCAUCGUGGGCGUGGCCCCGGGGGGGCUUCCUGCUGCCAUGGAAGGGAUCAUCCCCGGAGGCAUCCCCGUGACGCACAACCUGCCCACAGUGGCACACCCUUCCCAAGCGCCCUCCCCCAACCAGCCCACGAAACACGGGGACAGUCGAGAGCACCCCAACGAGCAGUAGCAGAGGACAAAGGUCAGAGAAACCUGGGACCAAGAGACAGUGGACAACAGAGGAGCUCAGAGGAGGGGAGCGUGACCGGCUCUGUAACUGGUUCUGGGCCUCCGCACCACUGACAUCAGCGUUAGAACGACAAGAGCGAGAAGCCGAGGCGUGGGAAAACGGAAGAUGCCUUCUGCUCGCAGAGGGGGCCCGGGAAAGACUAGGAUGUGAUUAAUGACGACCAACUUCUGUUAUUGUGUGUUAAGUUCUUCAUCUGUGCAUCAAAUCACAAAGAAUAGAUCUUUUUCCUUUUAUCAGCCCCUGGGGCACAGCGGGUCCUGGACACCUGGCUGUAGAGAAUGUUGCGUCAAGAGUUCCAAACGUCAAAAUAAAACCUAUUCAGAGGCGGUCCCUGUCCUGUGACUCUCCCUUGGUCCCCGGGGCUGGCCACCUCUUUGCUAAUAGGAAGAUCGCGUUACUACGGAACCGGGAGAAACUGCUGGCCUGGGUCAGACAGCUCGCUGCAAGCACGGACGGAAGACAGUCGCUCCUGGACACAAAUCUCCCGCCCGAACUGCAUACUGAGCGGGUGAGCAGUUGUGAGUUCAGUAACACCCUCUAAUGAUGCAAAAAAAAAAAAAAAGUAUUAAGUUUCACAAGCUGUUUGUACUCAAAUAUAUUUUCUCAGUUCAGAUCCUCAGCUAUUUUAUUGAGUGGAAAGUCUUGAACUGAAAGGGUUCAAGAAGAAUAAUGUUGCAUUUCCUUAUGUCUCAGGAAACACUUUUUAUGGUAACUUGUCAGAUUGUCUAUGAACAAACCCACUUUUUUAGACAUUGAUAAAAUCUUCUUUUCUUCACGUAAUAUUUUAUACAAGAACACUUCAGGUGUGUUAUUAGAUGUGACUGAUUUUAACAAAUCCUAUUAGAUUUGUAUCAACUAGUUACAUGUUAUAUUCAUAGUCUUUUGUGAAUCAUUGCCUUUUUGUUUAAAAGAUGGCCUAUUUUGAGCCUUUGUAUAGGUACAUUCCUGUUUUUGUGACAAAAACCUUUAAAACUGUCCCAAACAGAAAAAUAAUGGCUAUCAGAAAUGUUUUGUUUUAGUGUGAGUUACCGUUACUGUAUUUGUUUAUUGUAAAGGUGGACAUUUAGCGUUCGGUGCAGUUUUCAAUAAAAAUAAAAAUUUCAGUUCUGAAAUUCA